AUGGUGGACAGCACCUCCGAGUUUGAUGCCGUGAGGGCGUACCUGAAGGAAUUGGAUAUUACCAACAACGUGUGGAUUGGCCUGUCGAAAAAUAAUGAAAGGGGACACUUCAUGUGGACGGACUUCCGACCUUUAACUAAUGAUGGGCACUGGCAGGAAGCCAUUCCCAUAGGAAGUAACCCUUUGUGUGCAGCUACAGAUCCAGCUGCUGAUUUCCGGUGGCAUGCAUUACCCUGCGGAGGUCCUGAAGUGGCAUCCUUCAUUUGUGAACUUCCAGUUCCUACUUGGGCUACCGGAUCCGGAGGAUGUUUGCUCACGGAAUUACCCUCCUUAACCGUAUUGUAUGUCCCUGAACAGACGGCUUUGGAACUGACGUCGGACUGUGGAUUAGAUGGAACAAAACGAAUUUCUUGUAAAGGAAACGCGGAUCGAGAUGAUAUGGUGAAACAGUUGUCCUGCAGCAUCUCAAAUGAUGACUUCGACGAUAAAACGACAAAGGGCGCAAUCCCUGCCAGUACAUUGGCAGAUAUAACUAAUCCAUCAGAUUCUGUAAAUACGAAAACAACUAAACCUUGGAUUUGGACUUCCAAUACAAUAGAUACGGGAGAUUACGGGGCGGCUACACGACAUCGACGCGAAACUGAAAACACCCUUAGUCCAAUUUCACCAACACAAGGGACUACCGAUUUAACAAUGCGAGAAAAAGUGCGCACGACUCAAGAAACAUUAACUCAACCUUCUACCUUCCAAAAACCAAUUAAUCUUGUCUCAAACGGGGUUACGGUUAACACAGUGAAUGAUGUUACUCUUGAUUUAAGCAUUACCCCGGAAUCUUAUAAAUACGCGCAGAUUACGGUGACAUCAGUUCAUGAAUUAACGACACAAGAGAACAGCAGUCAACCGGAAGAGCAAGCAGAAACUUUUGUAUUAGCAACAACAACCGCAGAAUCCAAAGCUAAAGAAACGCCACAAGAAGACGCGGUAGAGUAUCCGGCUGUUAUAAAUCAAGGGCAAUUGUUCAGUAUUAUGGAAAACGGUACAAUUAUUGACGUAAUUGAAUUAAAUGAAACGGGUACGGAGGAAACGGGAUUAAACAAAGAAACGUCGGCCUCAGUGCCCCAGGAAAAUAAGAAGCCCGCCACAUUUUCCACGACUGCUUUACCCCAAACGAUCAAAAAUUUGUAUACAACUGUCAUAUACCAUAAAGAGCCGCCCGAAGACUUAACGAUUAAGAAAGACGCACAAGACGACGUAAAACAACCAAAGCAAGACGUCACCCCAACCUUCCGAAUAUUCGACUCUAAAUCUGCGAUAAACGAAAAACACAAACCGAAAACACUGAACGAUUUGGAAUCACAAAACGACAAAGACCUAACGAGGGAAGUGGAAAUGUUUCACAUUAUAUCCGACCCCUCGAUAAAAUUAAACAGAACGUACCGUAAGAAAUUGCCUUUAUUCGAACGUACUAAUAUAACAAAAGAAAUUGACAACAUUCUGAUUAAACCCGACGAAGUUUUACCAAUAGGGCAAGAAAGCGCCCCUUCCAAUAACGACGACUUCAUUAUAGCCGACGAAAAUUCAGCUCACAAAGUUGUGGAAAUUAAACUACACAAGGAGGGCAACAAAAACUCUACCCGUUCAAAAUUAUUCAUAACUACCCGAAUUUCCGAUAGAAGUAAAAGGGUCGAUAAGGACGUACGGUUUCUCAACGGUAGCAAACUUAAUACCCCCGAAAGUAAAACGGCCGACGGCUCCUCGCGGAAUAGCUCAAAUGAUGCGUUUAACACAACAAAUGUUGAGACCGAGGUUAAAGACGUUGAAAUUGAUUCUAGAAUUAACGAGUUUAACGUAAUCAACAUUACGAGCAGAAUCAACAGUAGCGAGUUUGUUUUGCCGAUGGCCGCUAUCGAAAAACAAGCUCAGGGUGAUCGUUUGGACAGAGAGCAAAUCGUACAGAAGACAAUUUCAAAUAACCCCGUAGAUGUUACUGAUGAUCUUGUGGUAGAAGAACCGCUGGACACCUUCAGCACGAUAAACAGUGUGACGGGAGAAACUGUGGCGCCAAUUCCGCAGCAACAACCACGACCAAAUAGACAGAGAAGUUUAACUAAACCUCAAAGGAGAUCUUUUUACCCUUACUUUUUUAGUCGAGUUUUAGGCUAAAUUUUUAUAUGAUGCUGAAAUGUUUGACUUGUAGUAGAUGUCUUUAUUGUACUGUGUCGAUCUCUAAAGGGAAAAAUCAGUAACCCUAACCAUGACUUUUACACUUCACCUGGCGAUCUUGGAAUAUAGCACACAGAAAUAAACAACUAAUCUACACGUUUACCUCCCUCCCCCCUCCCCCCAAACACUACAAUCGUCAUUUCAGAUAUUAACAUUUUGAAAGUAGUAAUAAAGCGCGUGUUUAAAUGCUUUAAGAAGACGAAUAAUAAGAAUAAUCCCAUUCUGAUCAAAUAACAAUGGUAGAUACUACAUUAUUGAAUUGGUCUCAAUUUUUAAGUUAUUGAUAAAUAUAUCUAUUGUUAAAUUUACAACGAAUUUUAAUUGCAACAUUGUUUAGCAAUUGCGUUUACGAGCGAUAAACAUUUUCUAACGCUUAAGGAAAAUGAUUUAUUGCUUGUACAACAUAAUAAUGAACGUAUAAUUAGUAUUAAGCAUGUUUUACUAUUACGUAACUAAAAAUAGUCUAGUUAGUUGUUAUAUCAUACAUAUUAAUUAUCUACCUACGUUGAAAUAGGUUGGAAAUUUAGAUGGAUCCCUAAUCAACAGUUCUACUAUGUAGACAGUACAGUGUACCUGUACUGAAUAGAAAGAAAAUGAGGCAAAAGUUCGGUCAAAAAAGCAAAAGUACUUAAUAGAUUAUUUAUUGUUAGUGUAGUAUAGUAUUAGUCGAUACUGUAUCCAAGUAUGUCGCAAUUUGUUUCUUAAUUAUCUACCUAUAUCGAAUUAGGGCAUUCUUUAAAAAAACAACUGUAGAUUGUAGGGAAGGCCAAAAUAAUUUUAUACUAUAAAUUUAAUACCUAAAAAGUGUUUGAUAUAUUAAUGUUAAUCGUUUACUGUCAAGUAUUAUUAUUAAUAAUUUUGAUACGAUUACGCAACUGCACGAUGCACCGUCCCAGCUUCCCGUCCCGAUGUUUUUACAUUCGAUGUCAUGUACUACGCAACUGUGUACCUAAAUGUUUUAGACAUUUCAGUUCAAUUGAUCAUUUAUACAAUCACCCACAUUGCACACUUUUGUUAGUACCUAUUGUGAUUAAUUCCUAAUGAUUAUUGUAAAUAAUGUGUUGAUCUUUGGUCAAUAAAAUUACUAAAUAUG